AUUUCCUUAAAAAAAUACAACAUUAAUUUGAAAUGUUUUUUUAUUGCAACCCUUUUGCAGACAACCCAAUAAAAUCAGCUGUGAUUGAGGAAGUCAUUCCUUUUGUUGAAGGAGGAACUGUAAUUCAAGCAACAGCCCUGAAUGAAAAGCUGUCUAAGACUUAUAAAGAUAUGGAUGUGGACGACUAUGUAAAAUGGGCUGGAACUAUAGUAGAUGCACCAGUCAUUAUAAAAUCCAAGGUACAAUUUUAAAUAUUUUUUGCACAUCCCAAGAAAAUACAGACCAUAGAUAUGAUAGUCAGGUUCAAUAAAAAUUAUUUUCUGAUUAUCUAUGAAAUAUUGCAAGAUAAAAACUUUUCAUACUCCAAUAGUUUCUAUACAGGAUAAACAAAAAAGUGAAAAAUAAACAAAAUUGCUUUUUACCAAAAGAUAAAUGUUAAUUUUUUUAUACUAAUAAUAAUUAUUGAUUUCUGUAGCCGAGCACUAGUUUAACAUAGGUUUUCCUCCGCUGGUAUUCCAACAGCUACUCAGGAACAAGCAGGAUAUUAUAAGAAGCACAGCAUAAGUAGUAAAUAAAUCCACAAAUCUCCCAUCGCCCUUCCCAAUAACUGGACGACACUCAGUAUCAGAUGCAGAACAAAUUUUUAAUGCCACGCACUAUGCUUUUAUGCAAUUCUCCCAUGCAAGGGAGACACCCACAGAAAAUUAGGAAUUAUCCAAUCACUAGCUGGUUACAGUACACAUAUUCCCUCCCCUCAACCUGAGAGAUAACUUAAUUAUCUGUACAUUUUAAACACACAUUUUUCCCCAAUUCUUAGAUGUACCCCAAAACUAUAACCUACACGCAUAAUUCACAUAUCCCCUGAUAUCCCCGAUCUGGGUGAGCAACAUACUGAAAAAUCACCCACAGGGGUUCAUGAAUUUCCUGGAGGUCUUAGUUUUACCGACUGCACACGAGGUGUAUGCCCAAAAUAGUUCCACAUGAAAGGGCUGUGCGGUCUGUCUUUGUUUUGACUAGCCAAAACAUGCAAAAUCCCAGGGUUAAGGCAUUCGUGACUUAGUUCGGCAUAAUCCCCUCGUUCGUAUACCGAUUCUCAGAAACUACCAUUUCGUUUGGUUGGAUUUUCACAAACUUCCAUGAGGUUGGAUGUUUUAAUGGUGUUCGUGCCUUCGAGUGUCCGAUUUGGGUUCCAGACACUCGACGACCAAACACCGCUGGUGUCAUUCGUAUGCCAAGAUGGCCGCCGCCACAUGUUCGUCUAUACGAAUGACGGCCACCCUGAAGUUUACACAGGGGUUCGGGCAUUUGCAGUUAAGUAGGUAUGCUGAAGGUUAACGGGGUCAAUUGGUGCCACACUCCACUCCUGGGUGGCCGGGUUGUUAGGUACUUUGUUUGUUUUGACGAACCAUAUAGGUGAAUCCAAUAUAACUGAUGUUAAUACCGAACAAAAAAACGAAAUAACAUAGGAACACAGUGUUACAUUAGAGCGAUACAAGUUAACAGAAUAAACAUACACACACAGUGGUAUGGACAGCCUCUAGUACCAAAACGGGAUACUGACCUAUAGCCCAUUUUACUACACUUUCCAUGUAUAAAUAUUUUUUUAAUGCAUUAUGUAAUUGCCCUGAUACUUAUUAGAUUAAUCAUGUUGUCUGAAUUUUCAUAAUGCAUUUACUGUUAGGAAUGGGUAUACAUUGUACCACUGUUUUUUAUUUUGUUUGCUCACUAUGAUUUUUAUGUUACCAGACAUCUCCAAUUUACACUCUAAUUCCACCUGAUCUGAAAGAUGCCUACACAAAGUCAAAGAACUUGGAACGAGCAAUUGAAGAUUACCUUGAGGAAAACAGUGUGUGCAAAUGCCAGCCUUGUCAAAAUGGUGGCACAGUAAUUGUGUUAGAUGGCGAAUGUGUUUGUAAAUGCCAAAGACAUUAUACUGGAGUGGCAUGCCAGACACCAAAAUCUGAUAUUUUACCUAGUAAGUAAUUUGCAACCAUUUUAUUGUAUAUUAAUGUGUACAGGUUGUAUGUUUAUUUAUACAUAGCACACAGAUGGCACUCCCUGCCCACUCCCAAUAUAACAAUUGAUGCACUGCACUGCCUUUUUGACACAAAACUCUGAGAUUCUUUUCACUCCAAACUGCAAUUCGGGCGGACUCACGCUGAUUGGGUGAUCAGCAGAGCAUGGGCAAGGAUUUCUGGCUACACAGGCACAGAUGCAUUUUGCUGCCACCCCCAACCACCAAAAAAAUGUUCCUUUGUGUUUCUUAUUCCCUUUUUUGAAUGUUGACCCCCUUUAGUGUACCAUAUGCCACAUUUUUCUCCUUUGUGUGUUUUACACUCCCUUGUGUGUUACUUUUACACCCCCUUGUGUGUCUCUUACUGGCUUUUAGCCACUCUGUGUGUCUCUUACUCUCAUCAGCCCUUUUGUGUGUCUCAUGCUUACUCCCAGUCACUUUGUGUGUCUUUUACUCCCCCUGACACAAUUGUAUGUCUCUUUUUCCACCAAAUUCCUUCGUGUGUCUUUUUCUCCCCUUAUCCCCUUUGUAUGUCUCUUUCUCUCCACAGCCUCUUCGUGUGUUCCUUUCUCAUCCCCAGCCAUUUUAUGUGUCUCUUUCUCCCCCCACGUACCAUAUAUGUCUAUUUCUCUCUGACCCCACAUCCCUUUGUAGAUUCUUCCUCAGCUUACAUCUAAUUUGUAGCGUGGCCAUGUGGACUGAUGUAGAGGGUCUUCUGUAUUCUCUACCCGGUCUGACAGGAAGCUGUUUGUUGCUCAUAACGAGCAGCUUCCUAUUAAAAUAGACAGAGGAUACAGAAGAUCUCUUGCUAGGGUCUGCACAGUCAUACUACAUGAAGUGAUUGGCAGGAGGGGGAGUACUGUGUAUUCUUCUCCUGAGUGUCACCCGGAAGUUGCGGCUCCCGGGCCAGUGCACCUUAAGGGAGUUGCAUGUGUAGCUUUAUGGUUACGCUAGCACUGGUGAUCAGGGGUUCAGAUUUCAGAGCCACAACAUUAUUAUUAUUAUUUUAUUAUUUAUAUAGCGCCAGCAAAGUCCAUAGCUGCCAAUUGGCUGCCAGAACAUUGGGGAAACCAAUUCACCCAGUAGUGUGUAGUGUAGUGUGACUAAAUGGUGUUUUACCAUCAGCUGCUACCAACUGUGUCCACAGAGGUAGGAGGGGCUGUAAGCAAAGCUGGGAGAAACCACUACACUGAAAGGCAUUUGAAAAAAUGGGGAUCAGCUGCAGUAUGAGUAAUUUAAUUUGAUAACGUCUAUUUUUUUUUUUUAAAUCCCCCUUUUUUUCAAUUAAAUGACUUUUGUUUUUGCUUUAAAAAAAAUAAAAAAAAUGGAGGGGCUGUCUCUGAAGCUUAAAACAGGAAAGUUUUGUUUCUGUCAGGGUGGAAGGGGUUAUAGGGUGGUCAAUUGCUUUUGACUUUUUUUUCUUUAAUGUUUGGAUAAAUCACUUAUUUUCACCUUAAAAUGUCCCCUGUUUUCAAUUUUUCAUUAAUACAAGAUAGCAAAAUUAAAAAGAUUAAAUCCUAUCAUUAAAAAAACUUGCAUGAAUUGUUUGUCAGCACAGUUGUAGACAGCAUUUUUCCUGCUGUUCUGGCUGUUCAAAUAGCUUUCCUUUUUUUUUUGAGAUACUGAAAUUUGUCAGAGCAAAUUUUUUAAACCCACAGUUUAUGGGGGUUUUUUGAGUUCCAGAAGAAUCAAAAUGGUCCAGGCAUAGAUACAAAAGUAAUCCACCACAGGCCAACAAAUGUACCAACUUCUAGAUGUGUCUUUUGACCUCCUGUAAAAGUACAACCAUCUAUAUUGUUAUUUCAGAGCAACCUGGUGGACGAUAUAAAAAGAUUAAAAGCUCACACAAAUGUGUGUUGUUGGAAUGAUAUCAUUUUUAUUUAGAGUUUGUGUUGGUAAGAUAGUCACAUCUACACUAGAUGAAUACAGAUCCAAAUUCACACUAAAAUGAAAUAAAACUUUCAUUUAUUUACUCUUUAUCAGUUCACAUGCAAAAACGGUUGUGUUUCAUGGAAUAUUUCACUGUAGUCCUUUUUUUUUUUGUGAAAUGCAAUAAUUUGUUUCCACAGAUUCAAAACCUCAGGUGGAUGGGAGAUGGAGUUGUUGGUCUCCUUCAUCUUGCAAAAAUGGAGAAAUAACUCUAACACGUCAAUGCAAUAACCCUGCUGCGCAAAAUGGGGGUCACUCAUGCCAUGGAGAAAACAGAAAAUCCGUGCCAUGUUGAUUAACAUGAAUUUCUCUCUAUAAGCAAGCUUCAAGGGACAGAGCACUAAGUAUGUGACUAAGAACAUAAAAUAUUGCAAGGAUUAAUAAAAUGAACAGCAAAAUAAUUGACUACAUCUUGUCAAUAAACUUAACAUCUUAAAUUGCAACCUCUCCGAAUAAAAGAAAAUAAAUGAAAUAUUGUUUUUGACUUGUGAAAUAAAGACCAUAUCUGCGACAAUUAGUGAUGAAGACAGAAAUAAUACAUAUCUGGG